CACUCGACCCCCAUCCUCGUGUCUCCUCCUGCCUCGGCCCGAGAUGGCGGAUCCAGCCGAAUGCAGCAUCAAAGUGAUGUGCCGGUUCCGGCCCCUCAACGAAGCGGAGAUCCUCCGCGGGGACAAAUUCAUCCCCAAAUUCAAAGGCGACGAGACGGUAGUGAUCGGGCAAGGGAAGCCGUAUGUCUUUGACAGAGUGCUGCCGCCCAACACAACCCAAGAGCAGGUCUACAAUGCCUGUGCAAAGCAGAUUGUCAAAGAUGUCCUUGAGGGUUAUAAUGGAACAAUUUUUGCAUACGGGCAGACUUCAUCAGGAAAAACCCAUACCAUGGAGGGGAAGCUGCAUGACCCUCAGCUUAUGGGUAUUAUACCGAGGAUUGCACAUGACAUUUUUGAUCACAUCUAUUCCAUGGAUGAGAACCUGGAGUUUCAUAUCAAGGUAUCCUAUUUUGAGAUCUACUUGGACAAAAUAAGGGACUUGCUGGACGUGUCCAAGACCAACUUGGCUGUCCAUGAAGAUAAAAACAGAGUGCCCUAUGUAAAGGGGUGCACCGAGAGGUUUGUGUCGAGCCCCGAGGAGGUCAUGGAUGUGAUAGACGAGGGCAAAGCAAACAGACAUGUGGCUGUGACAAACAUGAAUGAGCACAGCUCUAGGAGUCACAGUAUCUUCCUGAUUAACAUUAAACAAGAAAAUGUGGAGACUGAAAAAAAACUCAGCGGGAAGCUGUAUUUGGUUGAUUUGGCUGGGAGUGAAAAGGUCAGCAAAACGGGUGCCGAGGGAGCUGUUCUUGAUGAAGCUAAAAAUAUCAACAAGUCUUUGUCUGCUCUUGGAAAUGUGAUCUCUGCCUUAGCAGAAGGGACAAAAACACAUGUGCCAUACCGGGACAGCAAGAUGACUCGGAUUCUCCAGGACUCUCUGGGUGGGAACUGUAGAACCACGAUUGUCAUUUGCUGUUCUCCUUCAGUUUUCAACGAAGCCGAGACCAAGUCCACGCUGAUGUUUGGACAGAGAGCAAAGACCAUCAAGAAUACAGUCUCUGUGAACUUGGAACUAACAGCAGAAGAAUGGAAGAAGAAAUACGAAAAAGAGAAAGAGAAGAACAAGGCCCUGAAGAGCGUCAUCCAGCACCUGGAGAUGGAGCUGAACAGGUGGAGGAACGGGGAAGCUGUGCCUGAGGAUGAACAGAUCAGUGCCAAGGACCAGAAGAACCUGGAACCCUGUGACAACACACCCAUUAUAGACAACAUCACGCCUGUUGUUGUCGGCAUCUCUGCUGAGAAGGAGAAGUACGACGAGGAGAUCUCCAGUCUUUACCGGCAGCUAGAUGAUAAGGAUGAUGAAAUUAACCAGCAGAGCCAGCUGGCUGAAAAGCUAAAGCAACAGAUGUUGGAUCAGGAUGAGCUUCUAGCUUCCACGAGAAGGGACUACGAGAAGAUUCAGGAGGAGCUGACACGCCUCCAGAUUGAAAACGAGGCAGCCAAAGAUGAGGUGAAGGAAGUUCUCCAGGCCCUGGAGGAGCUGGCUGUCAAUUACGAUCAGAAGUCACAGGAAGUGGAGGACAAGACCAGGGCCAAUGAGCAGCUGACGGAUGAGUUGGCCCAGAAAACGACAACGCUGACAAGCACACAGCGAGAGCUGAGUCAGCUACAAGAGCUUAGUAACCACCAGAAGAAGAGAGCCACCGAGAUCCUGAACCUGCUGUUGAAGGAUCUGGGGGAGAUCGGUGGAAUCAUCGGCACCAACGACGUGAAGACUCUGGCAGACGUGAACGGCGUCAUCGAAGAGGAGUUCACCAUGGCACGCCUGUACAUUAGCAAGAUGAAGUCGGAGGUCAAGUCCCUCGUGAACCGCAGCAAGCAGCUGGAGAGUGCCCAGAUGGAUUCCAACAGGAAGAUGAAUGCCAGCGAGCGGGAGCUGGCGGCUUGCCAGUUGCUUAUCUCCCAGCAUGAGGCCAAGAUCAAAUCUCUGACCGACUACAUGCAGAACAUGGAGCAGAAGAGGAGGCAGUUGGAAGAGUCCCAGGACUCGCUCAGUGAGGAGCUGGCCAAGCUCCGAGCCCAAGAAAAAAUGCAUGAAGUCAGUUUCCAAGAUAAGGAAAAGGAGCACCUGACAAGACUGCAGGACGCUGAGGAGAUGAAGAAGGCUCUGGAACAGCAGAUGGAGAGUCACCGGGAAGCACACCAGAAGCAGCUGUCCAGGCUUCGUGAUGAGAUUGAGGAGAAGCAGAGAAUCAUCGAUGAGAUUCGGGAUUUGAAUCAGAAACUGCAACUGGAACAGGAGAGGCUCAGCUCUGAUUAUAACAAGCUGAAAAUAGAGGACCAGGAGAGAGAAGUGAGGCUGGAGAAACUCCUGUUGCUCAAUGAUAAAAGGGAACAAGCCAGGGAGGACCUCAAGGGACUGGAGGAGACUGUGUCUAGAGAACUCCAGACACUUCAUAACCUGCGCAAACUCUUUGUCCAGGAUCUGACCACCCGGGUGAAAAAGAGUGUGGAGCUGGACAGCGAUGAUGGAGGAGGCAGUGCCGCCCAGAAGCAGAAGAUCUCCUUCCUGGAGAAUAACCUGGAGCAACUCACCAAGGUGCACAAGCAGCUGGUCCGGGACAAUGCAGAUUUGCGCUGUGAACUCCCCAAGCUGGAGAAGAGGCUGCGUGCUACUGCAGAGCGUGUCAAGGCCUUGGAGAGUGCACUGAAAGAGGCCAAGGAGAACGCCAUGAGGGACCGGAAACGCUACCAGCAGGAGGUGGAUCGUAUCAAGGAGGCUGUGCGAGCCAAGAACAUGGCUAGGAGGGCACAUUCGGCCCAGAUCGCCAAGCCCAUCCGCCCAGGACAUUAUCCGGCAUCAUCUCCAACAGCUGGCCAUGCCGUGCGAGGAGGAGGUGCCUCUUCAAACUCCACUCACCACCAGAAGUAAAUACAGAGUGUGACUCCACGUAGCAUGAGGAGGACUAUAUUAGUCACAGUUCCUUUAUUCCCCCCUCUAUACAGUUUCCAUUACUUUUUACACUUGCUUGCCCCGCUGUCUGUAGUACACCGGAUUCAGGUGUUUGCGCUGUGUAGAAUUUGUGUGUACAGAUCCGUGCUUGGAUCCUUUUCCUAAGAAAUUGGAAGGAGGUGGUUUUACACAAUACCCACUUCCUGCUCGGAACGAUGACCACUUCUCUGCCUCCAGGGUUGCGUGGUCUCUGGAGGCCCCUGCAGUGCACUGACCCAUUGGAAUGGAAUGCCCUCUGUGCCAUCCUAGAGGGACAGCCAAGUGCUCUGGAACCAGUGACCAUGCUCUGCCUCGACUGUCUGGUUUCCUGUAAAAUAAACACAUUACUUUAUAUUUUUAGGAAACAAAAAAGUGCUGCUAUAGGGUUCAAAAUUUUCAUUCUGAACACUUUUCCAAAACCAACCCCAGAGAGCAUUUUAAAUAUCCUGGUCAUAUCUUUGGAUCUGUAAAAUAUACCUUUUAAAGUAUGGCACCUGUUAAAAUGCAAAGCAGAUUUCUUCAGGGCAGAAAAAACAGUUUUGACAAAUAGCAGUGUACAAUUUGCUCAUCCAGACACAUCUAUGGAAAUGCGAAAGAAGAGUCAUACAACUCACCUUCGAGCUGCUUGCUGGUGAACCUGCAGUAACUAGUCUCUGCCAGCCCGGUUGUUUGAGCACCAUUCCUAUAGAAGUGUUGGAAAUGCUGCAGAGCUGGCUGAGUACAGAUGGGCUGCCUCCCCUCCUCGCCGCUUCCUCCGGAUCCUCCGAACCUGCAUUGGGAUAGCCUCUUCCUCUAGCAAACCACCGUUUGCUUGAGAUAUUUCUAAUGAAAUCCAGCAUCAUUCCGGUAGCUGGGAAAGAAUUCCCCCAGGGCAAAGUCAUUAAUGAGAUUUAUGCCUCUGUGUUUUUAUUGUAACCCAUCAUGGCAAACUGCUGCUGUGAAUUCUUUCUUUGGCACCAAAUAGGCUUUCU